AUGGACAAUGGAACGGUCUCUGGCUUUAUCAUGAUCAAAAACUUCUUCCUCUUCUGCGUUUCCAUGAGUUUAGCCAGCCACUUCGGAUUCUCGCAAACGCCGACAGCACCAGGAAAAGAGGACGCCAAUGAUAACAUUACCAUAUUCACCAGGAUCUUGGAUGGUCUGCUGGAUGGCUAUGACAACCGGCUGCGCCCGGGACUCGGAGAGAGAAUAACACAGGUGAAAACAGACAUCUAUGUUACCAGUUUUGGUCCCGUGUCAGACACAGAGAUGGAAUACACCAUUGAUGUUUUUUUCCGACAAAGCUGGAAAGAUGAAAGACUUCGAUUCAAAGGUCCUAUGCAGCGCCUCCCCCUUAACAAUCUGCUUGCCAGCAAGAUUUGGACACCAGACACUUUUUUCCACAAUGGCAAAAAGUCUAUUGCUCACAACAUGACAACCCCAAACAAACUUCUGCGCCUUGAGGACGACGGCACCCUGCUGUAUACCAUGAGAUUGACCAUCUCUGCUGAGUGUCCCAUGCAGCUUGAAGAUUUCCCUAUGGACGCACACGCUUGCCCGUUAAAAUUUGGAAGCUAUGCUUACCCCAAUUCUGAAGUGAUCUACGUGUGGACUAAUAGCACCACAACGUCUGUGGUGGUGGCCGAAGACGGUUCACGACUUAACCAGUACCACCUGAUGGGACAGACCGUAGGAACUGAAAACAUCAGCACCAGUACAGGCGAAUAUACUAUUAUGACAGCACAUUUUCAUCUCAAAAGGAAAAUCGGUUAUUUUGUCAUCCAGACAUACCUUCCUUGCAUUAUGACUGUGAUCUUAUCACAAGUGUCGUUUUGGCUGAACAGAGAAUCUGUCCCUGCUCGGACUGUCUUUGGAGUAACAACAGUCCUCACCAUGACCACCUUAAGUAUCAGUGCCCGCAACUCUUUGCCAAAAGUGGCCUAUGCUACUGCAAUGGACUGGUUUAUAGCUGUCUGCUAUGCCUUUGUAUUUUCUGCAUUGAUUGAAUUUGCAACAGUCAACUAUUUCACCAAGAGGAGUUGGGCAUGGGAUGGCAAAAAAGCCCAGGAAGCUGCUAAAAUCAAGAAGAAAAAAGAGCGCCAAUUGCUGGGAAAUAAGUCAACAAAUACUUACAGCACUGGGAAGAUGACCCCUGCCCCAAACAUGCCAAAGGACUCAGCCCCAUCUGUCAUCUCAAACACGGCUUCUGCUCCAGCAAAGUCCACAGAAGAAAAGCCCGCCGAAAGCAAAAAGACUUACAACAGCAUCAGUAAGAUUGACAAAAUGUCCCGGAUAAUUUUUCCAGUGCUAUUCGGAACUUUUAACUUAGUCUACUGGGCCACAUAUUUGAAUAGGGAGCCUGUCAUUAAAGGUGCCAAUUCUCCAAAAUAA